AUUGGUAAAAGGCACCGGCUGUCAACUAUUUAGAUAGUGAGAUUGACGGUGUUUGGCGGCAUACUCAAAAUAUACGGAGGAUGAACGCAGCUCGUAGUGAAAGUAUCUGUAGGCGUUUCAUAAAUGGCUCAUGCCGAUUUGGUUCAAGGUGUAAUUAUCGACAUGAAUGGCCAGUUAUACCGCGAUCCCAAAUAUGUAGGUACUUUCAGAAAGGUGGAUGCUGGUAUGGCGAACACUGUAGGUAUCUCCAUGUCCUUCACCCUGAAGUUGAUGCAGCUGUUGCAGGUAGAAGAGGUUCAGUCCCUACCGUUUCAUCCUCCAGUGUGGCUUACGCUCUGCCUGAUAGAAGAGGGUCAGAGCCUGCUCUUUUGCAGGCUGAGGUGACGUCCAGGGGCAGGUCACAGUCGCUGGUUCAUAUCUCAAAUCCUCAACACAACAUUGGACGCCUGGCAGCGGAUAUUGCUGAGGAACAAUCACAAGAUACUCGCACUCUCUCUGCUUCUUGGGAAUCUGUCCAAAGUUCAGAAGUUACUCAAGCAUGUGCAUGUCAUGAAAGAAAUGAGCAGGAGACUUCUUCCUAUGAGCCGACGGACAAUGGUGCAGCUGCUGCAGCCUCCAGUUCCCUGAGGAGUAUUGAGAUAAUGGAGGCCUCCCUCCAGAGUAAAAACGUGACCUGUGGCAUCUGCAUGGACAAGGUGUAUGAAAAGCUAGACCCACGAACCCAUGUUUUUGGAAUCUUGCCAAACUGCGAUCACGCCUUCUGUUUACAAUGCAUUAUGACCUGGAGGAAAACGAAAGACCUCGGGCCGGAUGUGGUAAAGACCUGCCCACAGUGCCGCGUGAGGUCUGCCUUUUAUGUGCCUCACAAACACUGGGUUGAAGGGCGAGAAAAGGAAAGCGUCAUUGCUGCCUUCAAAGAUAAAUUCAGUAAGAGAAGAUGCACUUACUAUACCCGAUACGGAUGCUGCCCCUUCAAAACGGAGUGCCUUUAUCAGCACGACAAACCUGACCACCGCGGGUCAUUUCCGUAUUAUUCCGAAGAAGAAGAAUACGACGGUGUAGAUCUGCUUAAUCUUUUCAUAGCCAUGACCCUUCUCGGUGAUGAAGAGAGACGACGAUGAUGACAACUUUGGCUUUCCUUUUUACUUAUCUGAGGAGUAUGGUUUCUGAGACGUCUUCUAUUUUUGUCAGUGCCUGAAACCACUGACUGGGGUCAUGAUUAUAAAAUUGGCCCAGAACAUCACAUGGCUGUGUUUUGACUCUUCUGUCAGUAUUGAAGCUUCGUCUUGAGUAGCUGUGAUCAAGAUCCGGGAUGUCAACCAUGCACCAUGGAGUGCCCAGUUUGUUGGGGGUUUUAAUUAGUCAGGCUACAGCAGGUGAUUUCUUUUCUUUUUUUAACUGACUAGCACUCCUUCGACCAGAGGAACUAAUCUGUGAUGUUACCUGCUGCAGUCUCUGUUUGGAAAUGAGGAAGUGUACACUCGUCUCUCUAUGCCACAUGGUUUGUUGCCCCUGUUCUAGAUGUAAGCAUUCCAGAUGUGAUGAAUCUUUAAUCUGUCUAAUGACCUUGUGGUUAAUCUGUGGCCUUUUUAGUUUGGAUUUAUUUCACUCUGUGGCCAUAGUGUUUGAAACAGGUUGCAGAUUAAUUAUCCCUCAACCUGACUUCUCAACUAGCAAUUUGCACAAUUUUGAUAUUUUAAAGUGUUGUGUGGAUGGUAGUUUUAAUUGUCUAUAGAUAAAAAGUAUGUUGUACCCCUUCUUGCUAAUGUCCACUACUGAUGCCUGCCUCAAGUGAUUGUCAUGAGACCCUUUUUCCUAGUUUUGGCAAGAAUAUAAAAUGUUAAGAUUUUAUUUCUUUUUAAACAAGUUGUACUUGUACACAAAAAAUAAAACAUUGCUUCACACUUGU